UUUUCUAUUUCGUCUACCCGCUUUCCCUGGAGAGAAAGAGAGAGAUAGAGCGAGCGAGCGAGCGAGAGCAAUCCCUUCCUCCACUGCUUCGCUCGCCCAAAUCAGAAAAGUUAACGGCAGAAAACGCCGGAGAGGAACACGAAAGGGAAGUAGCGCGCUCAUUGCUAGGGUUUCCUCAGAGAUAAAUCCUCACAACGCUCUUCGAAACUACAAAUUUCGACUCUUCAGUGGCACCAUUACUGUUCCUAAACUCUUCAUGCAGCAGUAUUUAAACAGCCUUGUUUGUUUCUCUGGAAAAUUAUUUGGAAUCUGGUUAGUUUUGGAAGAAAAGUUUUAGGUUUCUCCUUUCUGAAACACUCUGCUGAAUGCUUUAACGGGAAGACUUGACAAAUCAGAAUAUGGUACAGGCCAACGAAAUUGAGAGCAUUGGGUUCAAGUGGGGAAAAAAGAGAGGAAUUGGUGGAAAAAAGAAAGAUGUACAAUUUUACGAAUCUUUUACUUAUGAUGAUGUGGAGUAUGCGCUAUAUGACUCUGUUUAUAUAUAUGCGGACGGUGAGACUGAGCCUUACAUCGGCAAACUUAUAAAGAUAUGGGAGAAUUCUGAUAAGACGAAGAAAGUAAAAAUUUUAUGGUUCUUUCGUCCUUGUGAGAUAUCAAAUUUUCUUGAAGCUGACAAGGCGGUGGAGAAUGAAUUGUUUUUGGCAUCUGGUGAAGGUGUAGGCCUUGCAAAUGUUAAUCCUCUGGAACCUAUUGCUGGAAAAUGUAAUGUUGUUUGCAUUUCAAAGGACAGCAGAAAUCCGCAGCCCUCAUAUGAAGAAAUUGAAAUGGCUGACUUCAUAUUUUACCGCACAUUUGAUGUUGGGCACCGUGUGAUCACGGAUAAGAUAGAUGAUAAAAUUGCUGGAAUUGACGUUAGGUUUUUACUUAACAGUGUCAGUAUUCAGAAACCCAGUGCUGUUCCUAAACCUGAUUCAAAUGAUAAAGAAAUCAUUGGAAAUGCUGUAGUUGCUGGAGUGGUAGACAAGAAUGUAUCGGGGAAACCUUUGAAGCUUGAUGACAGUUCAACUGAUGCUUCAACAAAAGAAAAUUCAGUUUCUAGAGAAAAUAAAGCAGCAAUUAUGACAUCUGUCAAACAAAAAUCUGGUCUUGGGAAGAAGCCUGAUUCUUAUACCAAUUCAAGAUCUGACAAUGAAGAAAUUGCACAUCUGAAAACUGCAUUGGUGAAACAGAAGUCCUCGCUGGGAGAGAAGCAUGCAUCUAAAUCAGGUGUAGAGUUGGCUGAAAUGGCGAAAAUAACUAAAUGGGAAAGCAUGUCUAAUGAUAAGAUCACUUCAAGGUCUAAAGACAAUGUUAGUAGUGAAAGUAAAGCCAGUAGUAUUCCUGCUAUUGAGAUUCAUGCUGAGAAGAAAGGAAAAGCUACUAAAGAUUCUGUUAGAUCUAGUGAUAGACCAUCUAAGCUAGCAAAUUUUGAUGAUUCUGUGAAAGCAUCAGUUAAUGGCAGGAAUACUUUGCAGAAAUUAAAUCUUGAUUCUGGUGGCAGUGAUGCGAAGGCUCUAGAUCGAACAACCACUGCUUCUGAUGACAAAUCUAAACGUAAACUCACUAAGAAUCCCUCUUGGACUGAGAACAUCUCUUUAAAGAAAACAAAGCUUGAUGAGAAGCUUACAAAACAUGCGAUAGGCCAAUUGCUUGAAGCAUCUCCUAGGGAGGCUUCAAAUAGUGUGAGCAAAACUACAGAUCAAAAAGUGGAAGUCACUCGAAGACCAGAAGCUGAUAAAAGCAAAUGGUUUAAGAUGCCUCCUUGGGAAGAAAGAAUGCAAAAUGCACAUGCAGAAGGAAGGCUCGUCCUGCUUCAGAAUUUGGAUCCAUCUUAUACUUCAGCAGAAGUGGAGGAUAUUGUUUGGCAUGCUUUCAAGGAGAACUGCACUGCAAAGAUGAUUCAACGAACUGCAUUUUCUAGCCCUCAUUCUGGUCAAGCCUUUGUUAUAUUCAAAACAAGUGAAGCAGCUGAGAUUGCUGUCGAGAAGUUAGAUGAAAGUUGCCUUAUGCUAUCAAAUGGGAGGCCUCUGGUUGGCAGCAUUGCAACUCUUAGUUUCCCUGGAAAGCCGUCAACAUUUUUUGGUCAUAUCUAUAUUGAUAAACUUAGACUCCAGAUGCAACGGGAGAUGAAAGAAGCUGUAUCUACUUCGCAUUGUUCUCAGCCCAAUACGAUUGAGUAUGAUAUGGCCAUGGAUUGGUGCUUAUUGCAAGAAAGAACAGAUUUAGAAUGGAAACACUUGUACAAGCAACAAGGGCAAGAGUUGAGAAAACUGAAGGCCAAUUUGAAGUCCAAAUGAACUGAAGUGUAUUCUGAUUUUCAUGGAAAUGGUUCCUUAAAGUGCAGCAAAUAGUUCCUAAGUUGAUGGAAGUCGAACAUAUGCACUGAAAACGCCACUGAUGGUGGAUUUUGGCAUCUGAUGAUUGACAGUAUGAUGGUGAAAUGCGCUUCAUUUUAGCGGGUACCUUCUGCAGAAGUAGAAUGAAUGCUAAUGUACCUGAGGCUGUUGUUCCUUCUGUGGGAGAAGCAAAGGCGGUUUUUGGUUGAAGCCAAUUUUAGGUUAUUGCCAUAGUUUAUGUAAUUUUAUAUUUAGUACGCCUAAUUACAUUUAUUAGGAUGGAAUUUUGUAAAAUCUCUUUCUCAUUAACGUCGCUUUGCUUGGUUGAACCGUUC